GCCACUUGAUAGAUCAGGUGAGAGAGUUGAGCAGCGAUAAGCAUGUACAGUCAAAAUAGUUGAUGACAGCUCACCAUUUUAGUCAGAACAGCGCUGUCAUUUGAGGCCGAACGUCUCCACAUCCGUUGUUAGCCGGCUUUAGCUUGCUAUCCUCCGCAGGUUAUCAACAUGACCUCAUGGAUUAUUCAGACGACUAUGAUGGUGCUGUCUGUCUUCAUUGGCAGCAGCCAGGGGAAAAGGGAUCAGGUGCUUUACUGUUCUGCUUGCAAGGCGAUUGUGGAUGAGUUGAAUUACUCAAUCAGUCUGGUCGACCCAAAGAAAACCAUUAAUGUCGGCAGCUUUAGACUCAACCCUGAUGGGACCGUUAAAGACAAAAAGGUCCCGUUCGCUCGCUCAGAGACUCACCUCAGUGAGCUCUUGGAUGGGGUGUGCAACAGCAUGAGUGACUACGCCCUCCAUGUGGACCCAGACACCCAGCACAAACAGUACAUAAGGUUUGCUCCCAGAAGCAGCACAGACACCAGCAGUUUCCCGGACUUUAAAAACUUCCAGUUUGACGGGCCCGAGGCAUCCAACGUCCUGAAAUUCGCAUGUGAAACUGUGGUGGAGGAGCUGGAGGAUGACAUCAUCUCCAUGUUCAGCCAGGACAUGGAGAAUGUGCACGAGGAGUUAUGCAACAGAAUCUCAGACUACUGUAAAGACGGCAAUCGCAUCAGCCAAGAGUUAUAGUGUUGUUUCAUACUUUCAGCGGAUGAAGGUGGGACCAGCUUUGUUGCAGAGAUUAUGAAAAAUGGGACUUAAAUAAAAAUAUUUUUUGAUAAAUAAUUUAGAAUUGUUUUAAAUAAAGAAAAGAAGAAAUCUUGGAAAACUAAAA